ACAAAGCGUCAGCCUCUGUCUUCUCCAGGUUUCUCUCUCGUCCUGUGUUUUCUCCGGGUUUCGCUCUCUUCCCUCGUGUUCUCCGGGUUUCUCUCUCGUCCAGCUGUGUCCCCCGGCCCUCCUGUGGUUUCUCCGGGGUCUCCCCCUCUUCCUUGUGAUUACUCUCGGUGCUGCUCGAUGGCUCAGGCCGGGGUGGUGCUGGAUCGGGACCAGUUCAACUGCUCCAUAUGUCUGGACGUGCUGAAGGACCCGGUGACGAUCCCCUGCGGACACAGCUACUGCUCCAGGUGCAUCCGGGACUACUGGGACCAGGAGGACUACCUGGGGGUCUUCAUGUGUCCGCAGUGCCGACACAACUUCAACCCCAGGCCGUCCCUGGCCCGGAACACGAUGCUGGCCGACGUGGUGGAGAAGUUCCGUAAGACCGGACUCCAGGAGGCCGCGCCGCCCGAGAGCCAGAGCCUGGCGGAGGGCGACGACGUGGAGUGCGACGUGUGCACCGGGAGGAAGAACCGGGCUGUCCGGUCGUGUCUGGUGUGUCUGGCCUCCUACUGCGACGUCCACGUCCGACCCCACUACGAGUCCGCCGCCUUCAAGAAGCACCGGCUGGUGUGGGCCUCCAGGAAGCUGCAGGAGACCAUCUGUCCCCGGCACGACAAGCUGCUGGAGGUGUUCUGCCGCACCGACAAGCAGUGCAUCUGCUACCUGUGUCUGACGGACGAGCACAAGGGACACGACACGGUGCUGGCGGAGGUGGAGGUCCAGGACCGACAGAGGCAGGUCGGCGACAUGAAGCAGAGCUCACAGCUGCGGAUUCAGCUCAGAGAGAUGGAGGUUCAGGAGCUGAGACAGGCCAUCUGCUCUCUCUCGCGCUCUGCUCGGGCCACAGCUGAAGACAGCGACGCCCUCUUCACCGAGCUGAUCCGGUCGAUCGAGCUGAAGCGCUUCGAGGUGAGGGAGCUGAUCAACGCCCAGGAGAAGACGGCCGUCAGUCAGGCCGAGCAGCUGCUGGACAAGAUCCAGAAGGAGAUCGCCGAGCUGAAGAAGAGCGAGGCUGAGCUGGACAAGCUUUCCCACGCCGACGACCACAUCCACUUCCUCCAGAGCUGUCAGUCUCUUCACGCUCCCCCUGUUCUGUCGGCUUUGCCUCCAGUCACCACCGACCCCAACAUCACCUUCGGCCCAGUGAUGACGGCUGUGUCCGAUUUUAAAGGACUGCUGCAGGAGGUCUGCCAGGGAGGAUUCGUCAGCAUCUACGAGAGAGUGAGAGAAGUGGUGAUCGUAGGUUCUUCAAAUCCGGCUGCACAGACAGACACCACAGAAUCUAAUGGUGCUGUGUUUAACGUGCUAAUGGAAGCAGCAGCAGCGAUCUCUUCGCCUGGGCUGGACCAAAGUCCUGUGAGUCCUUCCAACCCCUUCCUCCCUCAGGGAUCCGCUGUGCCCACGUUCGCCCUCUCACCAUUUGGAACCAAACUGUCCUCCGGAUCCAGACCGAGGCACCUUCAGAGACGCGCUCACCCCAGGAGGAAAUAGACUUCUAUCAGCAUUUCACGGCCUGAAAGCCCCUGGACUUGACUGCCCUCCCUCUCCUCUCACAAACAGUUACCGCCAUGUACGAAUUGUAAAGCUGAUUGUUUCGUUUUGAUCAAUCAGCUGUACUUGCAUCUCGCAGUUAAGUGCAGGUGGGAAAGCGAUGAGGAAGGAAGAGCUGCUGAAAACCACACAGACGAUACAUCUACCGCUUUAGUAUUAAAGGUUUUGUGUAGAAUUUAGUGACGCCUAGUGACAACAAAAAUCAAGUAAUAGAGAAGAAUACCCCUCACCUCACCCUCCUGAUGUAAAUAUAAAGUAUUUAAAAUAUAAAGGGCUCUUUCUCGGGGUAGAGAAAACAACAAUUUGUACAUUUUAGAUGAUUAUUCACUAGUGAAAAUAUCACUAUGAUUAUUUUAUCCCUCUCACCUAAAUCUCCCACACUGGACCUUUUUAAGCAACAAGAAGCAGAACUGAAGUCACUGUCUUAUUUCAUCAUUUGCAUGAAAAAUGCCUGGAAAUUUAGUCCAGUUUUUAUUAAUUUCUGAUUUUAUAAACUCAUUUUUCAUUUUUGACUGAAAGCUCUGCUAACACUAAAAAUUCUGCUUUACAUAAUAUACAUGUAAUAAUAUAUUGUGAUGUAUGAUGAUGUGCUGACAUUAAAAAAACAAACACGCUUGUUUUAUCAAGGU